CAAAAAGUAGACUGGCGGUGUCGACCAACGUCUGCUCUGCUCACUCAAUUCCUGCACACAACAGCCUGAACACGAGACCCGCGCAACAAAAUGAGCGUCAAGACCGUUUCACUCAAGCCCUUUACGGACCAGAAACCCGGAACCUCCGGGCUCCGCAAGAAGGUCAAAGUCUUCCAGCAAGACAACUACAGCGAAGCCUUUGUUGCUAGCAUCCUCCUCUCCAUUCCCGAAGGCGUCGAGGGCUCCUUCCUUGUAAUUGGUGGCGACGGACGCUACUGGAACCCGGAGGUAACACAAUUAAUCGCCAAGAUCGGUGCAGCAUACGGCGUCAAGAAGUUGUUAAUCGGCCAGAACGGCAUUCUGAGCACUCCCGCUGCCAGCCAUAUCAUCAGGAUACGCAAAGCAACUGGAGGCAUUCUCUUGACCGCCAGCCAUAAUCCCGGAGGUCCGACGGAGGAUUUCGGGAUCAAAUACAACCUAGCCAACGGUGCCCCGGCUCCCGAGAGCGUCACCAAUAAGAUUUUUGAGACGUCGAAGACCCUCACGUCGUACAAGAUCGCGGAUAUCCCCGACGUCGACCUUUCCACAAUUGGCACCCAGACAUGUGGACCUCUCGAGGUGGAAAUCAUCCACUCGACCAAAGACUACCUUGAUAUGCUCAAGAGCAUCUUUGACUUCGACCUCAUCAAGUCUUUCAUCAAGCAACACCCUGACUUCAAGGUCUUGUUUGAUGGGUUGAGCGGAGUGACUGGUUCUUAUGGCGUAGAUAUAUUUGAGAAGGAACUCGGCAUACCCGGCAGCACUCAGAACUGUGUCCCAAAGCCAGACUUCGGUGGUCACCACCCCGAUCCCAACUUGGUCUACGCCAAGUCUCUGGUUGACGCUGUCGACAAGAAUGGGAUCCAAUUUGGUGCUGCCAGUGAUGGCGAUGGUGACCGAAACAUGAUAUACGGCGCCAACGCUUUUGUUUCGCCUGGAGACAGCUUGGCCAUCAUCGCGCACUACUCGGAUCUCAUCCCCUACUUCAAGAAGCAGGGUAUCUAUGGCCUUGCCAGAAGUAUGCCUACGUCAGGUGCCAUCGACCUUGUCGCGAAGAAGAAGGGCGUGGAGUGCUACGAGGUGCCAACUGGAUGGAAAUUCUUCUGUGGUCUCUUUGAUGCUGAAAAAAUGAACAUCUGUGGUGAAGAGAGUUUCGGUACUGGCAGCAACCACAUCCGUGAGAAGGAUGGAUUGUGGGCAAUCGUUGCUUGGCUCAACAUCCUUGCAGGUGUUGGCCAGCAGACAGGUACAACACCAAGCAUUGCCUCCAUCCAGAAGGAUUUCUGGAAAACAUAUGGACGAACCUUCUUUACCCGAUACGAUUAUGAAGGUUGCGAAACCGAGGGCGCGAACAAGGUGACGGCUCACAUGAAGGAGCUCAUCACCACGAAGAAGGACGAGUUCAUAGGCUCAUCUAUUUCCGGUCGCAAGGUCAUUGAAGCUGACGAUUUCUCGUAUACCGACCUGGACGGCAGCGUUAGCAAGAACCAAGGCAUCUAUGUCAAGUUCGACGACGGCAGCCGCAUUGUUGUUCGUCUGUCCGGCACAGGCAGCAGCGGUGCCACCAUUCGUCUAUACAUUGAAAAGCACGAGAAAGACGAGUCCAAGUUUGACCUGGAUGCUCAGGACUACCUGAAGGACAAUGUGCAGCUUGCCACCGACUUACUCAAGCUUCAGGAGUUCAUCGGCCGCACAGAGCCAGACGUCAAGACGUAAACACAAGCAUGCAUUCUGUCCAACGGAGACUUUGCUCGGCGGACUGCUAAUGCAGUAAGUAUGAACGUAUUGUUAUGAGGCGUGACUUGGCAUGGAAUGGUUGUGAGCCGGCUGUUAGGUACUUCAAAUUUGUGAGCUUUAAUAGAUAGAAUUUUGCACUCUC